AAUAAUUUAAUUAAAUUAAUUUUGAUUAACUUUUUUUUUUAAUAUUUAAAAAAUAUCUUACACUUCUUUCUUUUGUAUUUCUUCUAGCUUUUUCUUAUAUCAAUAAAAGAUCAUCCAUUUUAUUUCACCUCUCUCUAUAUUCUAACCUUUUAAGGGAAAGCCAAACGUAACAUAAAGUCACACCUAAAAAAAAGACAAACCUAUUAAAAAUGUUCCCUCAUUCUCCUUUCUUUCCAUUACCUCACACUCAAGAAAUAUAAAGUCUCAACCAUCCUUUCAUUUUUCAUUCAAUUCUCGCCAUGGAUCCAAAUUCCACCGACAUCGUCCGCGAGUUCCCUCGCCUCUUCCGUCUCUACAAAGACGGCCGCGUCGAACGCUUUCUCGGCACAGAAACCACUCCAUCCGGCACCGACGAAUUAACCGCUGUUCAAUCUAAAGACAUCACCAUCAACACCGACACCGGCAUCGGAGCUCGUCUCUAUCUCCCACCAAACGCCACUCCUUCUCAAAAACUCCCUCUCCUUAUCUACAUCCACGGCGGCGCUUUCUGCAUCUGUACUCCCUUCAACCCUGGCUACCAUCAUCACCUCAACAACGUCGCUGCACAAGCUAACGUCGUCGUUUUCUCCGUCCAUUACAGACUUGCUCCAGAACACCCUGUUCCCAUCUGUUAUGAUGAUACAUGGGAAGCCAUUCAGUGGGUCUCACAAUCUUCCGAGCCGUGGCUGAAAGACCACGCCGAUCUUAAUAUUGUUUUCUUAGCCGGAGAUAGCGCUGGGGCAAACAUUGCACACAACAUGGCGAUGCGUGGCUCAAACGAAGGCUUUCGAGGUUUGAAGCUUCGAGGGAUGGUUUUGGUUCAUCCAUACUUCGGAAACGAUGAGAAAGAUGAGCUUAUAGAGUUUCUGUACCCGAGUUAUGGAGGAUUUGAUGAUCCUAUAAUACAUGCGACUAAAGAUCCGAAGCUUUCGAGUCUUGGAUGUGGGAAACUGCUUGUGCUUGUGGCGGAGAAGGAUUUUCUGAUAGAAAGAGGACGGAGCUACUCCGAGGCAGUGAAGAAGAGUGGGUGGAGUGGUACUGUGGAGAUGGUGGAGACAGAAGGUGAAGGACAUGUGUUUCAUUUGUUUGAUCCAAGAAAGGAGAAAUCUUUGGCUCUUGUUAAACAAGUUGCGUCUUUCAUGACACAGGUUGAAAAAGACGUACGUUCUUCUUCAUUGUUGUAGAAAAUUGCUGGAGAGGCUUUUCUUUGGUACCAUGGAGUGUGAUUUAAAUAAUUUAAGACAUUAUCUUUUUUUAUUAGCAAUUUAAUGCUGUUGCUUGUUGGGUAUUUUGUUUACUUUUUGACUUUUAGGGUGUAUCUUUGAAAGGUGGAAUUAGUGUUGACUAUGAUUGAAUCUAUAUUUUAUUUUGAA